AAGGUCAAAUCCUAUAUAUUACUGUUAUUUCCCUACCACACGCCAGACAGACCACUACUCUAUUGACUAAUUCCAAUGAAGCACUGAAUAGGGCGGGACGUUUUCAUAAGUUUCUGACCUUUAACCUUUAAUUCGCACGUGUGGUGGGAUAUAGAGGCGGUAAUUACAACGCUUAUUCAUUUGAUACUUGAGCAACUGUAUUGAAAACAGUGUGAGGAAAAAUCAUAGCGGUUAUUUGUUGAAUUUUGCACCACUCAUUGACAUUUGAGUUAAAGAAAAGACUUGGCAGUGAAACCAGCGAUAUUCAGAAAUCUUUUUGACAUAUAUUUCUACUUUUAUACAUCAGAGGAGACUUACGUUAUUUCUGAGUAAACAUUUCAUUCCUUUAUGAUGCGGUGUCCUCCUCUUUGUAAGUUAUUGGUGGUUGUGAUAUUUUAUUGUGUGACCCUGCAUCGGUUCGUGUCUGGGAAUACAACUGAGGAGCCAACGGACCCAGAAACUCCUACAAUGUUCACCAGAGAACACAUAUCUAGAAUGCAUCAAAGAUCACGUGCUUACAGGAGACAGGAAAUCAGAGCCAAGGUAUUGGAGUUCCUUGGUUGGACGUCAAUUCCUCAAAUCAACCCCCGAGACAGAGCGAUCAUCAACAGCACUCUGGCUAAUAUUUCUUCCAUUAGGAUCACCGAACGACAGUGCUUUUCCGCAUCCUGUGACUUACCUAAUAGAAUAGACGAAACCCUGUGGAACGAUUCGACUUCUGGAAGUCUUCGGCUAAUGUUUGAUGUGCUUCCCUCUGAUAGUUGGACAAAUGCAGAAAUUGUAAAUGCAACUUUAAUGUUACAUUUAAAAGAAAGACCCUUGUGUAACUGUGAAGAUGACCAUGGAACAGAAAGAAUAUCAAUCAAGGUUCUACAGUACUUGAAGCCUCUUAGACGAAGAAAUAGGUCAAGAGGAGGAAGGACUAACCGAAGAAGUACUGUCCGUCAAAGGAUACUUUGGACAUCAAUAGUUAAUUGGACACCAAAUACGUGGGUAGCCAUUCCUGUCCAGCAGGCUGCUAAUGAUUGGAUAGUAGCAAAUAAACGGAACCACGGCUUUGAGGUGAUGGUGAUUGACCAGUAUAAUCUCCCUAUAAACGCAACCAACGUGUUUUCAAGUAUAGAGUGCAGACGUCCUGCAGAUGUUGACUGCAUAGAUACGAUAUUUAGGACGCCAUUAUACGGAGGCACUUCACCCUUUCUUCAAGUUUAUAAAACAGAAUCGCCAUUUGUUAACCAAAGAGCAAAGCGUGAGGCAGGUAGGGAAAGGUAUGAAGAGACACUUCAAGGAAGACCAGAGUCGACACAAAAGAUAGCUAGUGUGCAAUAAAGGAGAAUUAAUUGGGUUGCUUUUACACAAGUAAAAAUAUUAUUAGGAGAAGAGACUUUAUGAAAGGCCUAUCGCUGCAAUUCCUGAUAAAAGGAGAAGAGGAAAAGCAACUUAAAGAAAAAAUCCUUUAUCAAAUUACAAAACAAAAUGGACAUUAAGUGUCUAGCUUAUCUUAUUUAUAUUGAUAAAAAUGCUUAAUAUUUUAAAUUAAUUUUUACAUGUAUAUCAAUAAUGCUAAAAUAGGAGCUAUCACCAACGUAUACAACUUAAUCAAAAUGUUAAUGGUUAGAAAUUUUUUAUCGGGUCCUUAAUGAUCCGUUUUUCCGGCAGCUAAAU